CACACUCACACAGACAUUGAGAGGUGAAAUGGCAACAAAAGGAAUUCAACUGGACAAAAAAAAUAUUUCUUGUUCCAUCUGUCUGGAUCUACUGAAGGAUCCGGUGACUAUUCCUUGUGGACACAGCUACUGCCUGAACUGUAUUAACACUCACUGGGGUGUAGAAGAUCAGAAGGGAAUCUACAGCUGCCCUCAAUGCAGGAAAACUUUCAUACCAAGGCCUGUCCUGGAGAAAAACACCAUGUUAGCAGCUUUAGUGGAGCAGCUGAAGAAGACUGGACUCCAAGCUGCUCCUGCUGAUCACUGCUAUGCUGGACCUGAAGAUGUGGCCUGUGAUUUCUGCUCUGGAAGAAAACUGAAAGCCAUCAAGUCCUGUUUAGUCUGUCUGGCCUCUUACUGUGAGAAACACCUUCAGCCUCAUUAUGAUGUGGCUCCAUUAAAGAAACACAAGCUGGUGGAGCCGUCCAAGAACCUCCAGGAGAACAUCUGCUCUCGUCAUGAUGAGGUGAUGAAGAUGUUCUGUCGUACUGAUCAGAAGUGUAUCUGUUAUCUCUGCCCUGUGCAACCAGAACCAAAGAAGAGAGCUGGAUUGUUAAAAUAUUCAUGUGGAAUCACACUGGAUCUAAACACAGCACACACACUGCUGUUACUGUCAGAGGGAAACAGAAAGGUGACAUGUAUGUUUCAAGAUCAGUGUUAUUCUAGUCAUCCAGACAGAUUUUCUACAUGCUGUCAGGUUCUGAGUAGAGAGAGUCUGACUGGACGUUGUUACUGGGAGGUAGAAAUGAGAGGAAACGUUUCUGUAGCAGUCGCAUACAAGAAUAUCAGCAGAGCCGGAAAUAAAAGUAGAUUUGGAUUUCAUGACAAAUCUUGGUCAUUAUUUUGUAACCAAAAUAGUUAUGAGUUUUGGUACAACAGCAUCAGAACCUCCAUCUCAGGUCCUCGGUCCUCCAGAGUAGGAGUGUAUCUGGAUCACAGAGCAGGUAUUCUGUCCUUCUACAGCGUCUCUGAAACCAGGACUCUCCUCCACAGAGUCCAGACCACAUUCACUCAGCCGCUCUAUGCUGGAUUUUGUGUUGGUUUUGGAUCCAGUGCUGAGUUGUGUAAAGUGUACUAAAGUUAUUUUCUCUGCUUGUAAAUUUGUGAGAUGCGAAAAACUGGGACAAUAUAAACAGACAGGACUCUGGUUACUCAGUUUGGUUUUAUUAAGACCCAGACGUUUCAGGCAGAGCUUCCUCAUUUCCUUCCUUUUCUUUAUAUUUUCCAUUCAGGUUUUUGAGGCUCAGCAUCCCGUGUGAGCUUGUUUUGCGUUUAACCUUAAUUUCUGACUGUGACACACAAGUAGCUGUGGUUCCAUGAAUCCAUGGUUCUGCAGUGCUGCCAUGUGUGAUCAAUAUUAUUAACCUCAUUAUUUCAGAUGCAACCCCAGUGGACCUAAACAAGGACAAAAACAUACUUAAACGCGGUCAGUGACGAGGCUUUAUUUCUUCAUCAAAAGGAUGCAUCUAUCCCUACAAACUCUUUCUCUGCUACGCCUUCUCUCGGCAGCACAAAGUGGACACGAUGUUCCAUGAAUAGGCGACCAUUUCCCAAGGUAACUGAUUGGUCAGGAGGUGAUGUUUUUAGACUCGCUGAUCUCGUAUCCACAAUCAACCUGCUCUGGAGCAGGUUAGCCAUUCAGCGUAAGCUAUCAUAGUGAUUUACCUCGGUGUGAACUUAACUAGCAACAUAGAACAGAAAAUCCCAAGUUAACCCUGAAGUUACCUCAAUAAGAGAAAAUCCAGCUUUGUUGUACAGGCCUCUGUUCUGUUGUUUAUUUG